AAAAUUGAAGGUUUAACCAAUUUACAGUAAUUAAAAAUACAUUUUUUAUUCAUUAACUCGCUCGUCUUCGCCUUUAUUGAAUUUAAGCAACUUUUAUUUUCCUUUUUCUCCCUUUACUUUGUCCUGCUCAUCAAUCUCUGUCAAAAAGGGAAGAAAGCGAUAUUGAAAAGCAAAGAUGAUUGAAGCAGAAUGAGCUUCCCUCCCCCAGCCCUCAUCUCCGAUCACUGUCUCUUGCCUUCAAUCAUCAUCAUCAUGGCUUCGUACUUGUAUCUGUUAACCGUCUUCAUCCUCUCAACACAGUUUCAUCUGAGCUAGUCCUCGCUACGAGGUAAACACGGUGAUCGACGACUACAAACUAAAAAUCAACCCUCACACCUGUGAUAUAUUGUCAGAUCUGAUAGCGCUGGAUUCUUCCAAUAGUGGUACCGAUCGCCGUACAAAAUUUCUCAAUUUUUUUUUAUCUGCUUUGAUGUUUGCAAAUGCAGAGAGAAUAGCAAAAAGGUUAUCAGGAGAUGAAGUUGCGUGUCAUUCGAAUGGGGAGCCAUUUCAUGCCGGAUUUAACAAACUAAAACGCUUAACCGUCUAUGUUAAGGACAACGUCUACGUUGCCAAUGAGAACAAUCAGGCCAUAAGAAAGAUCACCGUCUCAGGUAAGGUGAGACCAUUUCCGGAAGUUGCUUAAACAAAACUGGUUGCCGGGUUUAUCUUUUUCCUUUUUUUCGUUAACGUUGUCAGACAUGGGAACAAGAAGAAAAGUUGUGCCAGUUAUGGGAACAAGAAGAAAAGUUGUGCCAGUUGUGGACCCCACUGCAUAGGUGGCAGCCAUGUCAUUAAAAACUUCAUACCUUC